AUGUCAAGCAGCGAGCCACCUUCACAGCCGCCUCCUCAGCCUUCGCAAGCUCAUGCUAAGCGCGGACGCAAGCGCAACGACAAUCUUCCACCAAAUCGUGCGCGCGAUGUCCAGCGCGCAUUCCGAGCGCGUAGAGCUGCACAUCUCGAGGCUCUCGAGGCCAGGGUGCAAGAGCUCGAGGACGAGAACGCACAGUUUCGCGUCGCGCUGAAUCUUCCGCCCGCGAAUCGGCCGCCGCUAGGCAAAGGGCCAACGGGCAAGGACAAGCCGAAGCAACUGCCGACAUCGCUCGCCACCUCGUCUACGGCAGUUGCCGGCGCCGCAUCAUCAUCGCGCUCGCCCAGCAGACCACUGGAUCUAGACAUGGACCGUAGUACGGGUUCACCUGCGUCUAUGCGGACUGCAAGUCUUUCGCCUUCAAUCGGCGCGCCCGUAGGUUCGCAGUGGAGUCAGGAUCAACAGCAGGCGCAACAAGCUCAGCAAAUACUGCCGCCCUAUCAUGGCGCAUAUUCCUCGCCUACCACUACCCAACCUCCGCGUCCGAUGAGCGCACAGGCGCCCCAGCAGCAUCAACAGCAGAUGUACAUUUCGAGUGGUGCACCGGCCGUAGAGUAUUACACUCCGCCUCCUCCGCCGUCUCAGCCAGUCCGACAUCCGCAGCCACAGGAGGCUUACUACGACUACUAUCCUCCGCCGCAAGCACCUCCUCCUCGCGCGCCUGAACCUUCGCCACAUCAGCAACAGUUCUAUGCUGUGACACAACAUCAACCUAUCCCGCCCCAACCUCAACAGCAUCAGCAGCCGAGGAUGCAGUACUUUCCGCCGCCGCAAGCUGACCCCAUGUCACGUUUCCAUCGUCUCUCGCCGCCUCGCGGGCCGUACGGCGAUGAGGCACAGUAA